AUGAGCUGGCUCGGGCAUCCCCUCUCCAGGGGCCACGAGGACACUUCCUUGCUCAGGACACACAUGUCACUCUUCUCACUCAUGUCGUCUGAAGAUGAGCAUUUCAUCUCCGACUUGAGGAGCCAAGUACCAGCUCGUGCGGUGGUGAAGCAACCUAUCCGCGGAGCCAGUGGCAGGACCACGGUCACAGCUAUUGUUCAGACUGGUGGAGACUGGAGCACCGGCCUCUUCAGUGCCUGCAGAGAUAGGAAAAUCUGUUUCUGUGGUCUCUUUUGUCCCAUGUGUCUUGAGUGUGACACUGCCAGGCAUUAUGGAGAGUGUCUUUGUUGGCCACUGUUACCAGGGUCUACCUUUGCAUUGAGAAUUGGCACCAGAGAGAGACAUAAGAUACAGGGGACACUCUGUGAAGACUGGAUGGUGGUGCAUUGCUGCUGGCCUUUCUCGGUCUGUCAGGUGGCCCGAGAACUCAAGAUGAGAACCCCCCAGCUCUACGAAAUCUGUGCAGUGCCAGCGCCCAAGGACACCCUGGUUUGACAGCACUCCUGCCCUCCCUCUGCUGCGCUUUCCUCUCAAACCUGUCUUAGAUUGUUUUUUAUUCAUUAGGUUCUCACUGGAAUAGAAUAAAUGAUUUACUCACCGCU